AUGUCUCCUGAGCAAAGCCUUUAUUUGGAUGUGAAAGAUUAUAGCGACUCAGGUUCUGAAUGUGAAGACCAAUCUAAUGUUGGAUGGACCUAUUAUAAUAAAGUUAUGACACAUGUCAAUGGUAUGUUGCAUGAUUCAGAUAUGCCUUCUUCAGCAAGUGCAAUGUAUAGAAAUACAAGACAGAAGUGUAUGCAAAUGAAAAUUGACAAAACUAAUGUUAGUGUAAUAAAAAGGGUAAAAUUUGGCGAUGAUCCAGUCGGUAAACAACCACAUGUACCGUCAACAGAUACCAGUUUAAAAAUGAAUCAGCUUGCAGCCAAGUAUCUAAAGAAUGGAACACUUUCAAUUCAACAAGAGACACAAAAAGCCAUCACCGCUCCAAAUGAUGUAUCAUUAGCAACUAGGAAUUAUAUGGAGAAGCAUCAAUUGUUACAAGGCUUCCGAUCAAAACCGGUCCAAGCGGUUGAGAUUCCACGAUUUUUGGACAUCACAGCAUUAAAACAGCAGACUAAACUACUU